UUCAGCAGACACACUCGAUUGCUCCCACCCACACACAUUUUACAGAAGUCAAAAGUUCCUUUUUCAUUUCACAGUUAAACAGCAGGCCUCGCUUAUUCCAUUUUAUCUGACACGGCUGAAGGCCCUCGGCGGUAGCGAAGGUCGACGCCGCGUUACAAUAAGAGAGAGGGAGACUUUUUGGGGUUUUUUCGUUGAGUGAGAGGAAAUUUUGAAACAUUGUGCAAUGGUGCCGCAAAAGUUUUGAAAGGUUGAGAGUGUUUUGCCAGCAAAGCGUCUUAGAGUCGGUCCAUUGGAGAAGAGGUCUCCAUGUUGCAUCCAUACAGAAUGGAGAGCUAUCUCAUCCCACCUCAUCCAGAGGAGAUGUAUGACCCAGAGAUCUACAGACCUCAAAUCACGGAAUAUUAUACUCCAUAUGUCCUUGAUACUGAUAUCCAGGCAGAUCAGUGGGACUACCACCCUCACCCUCACGUGCACCCAGCCGAAUUUGAAAACCUCCAAGAAGCCAACUUCACAGAACUGCAGAGCGUGCAGGCUCACCACCCGCCCGGCCUGAUACGUCACGACGGCAUAAGAUACGACGCAGAAAGCCUGCUUGAUCCAAAUCUUGGGGCACAUGCACAUGCACAUGUGUUACAGCAACCGGUCGCAUUCUUCCCUCGGACUUUGUAUCCGACGCACAUGUCCCAGCGCAGCUCUGACGACGAGGACCACGGAGGACGCAGUCCCCCGCUGGAGGUGUCCGACGAAGAGUGUCUGAGGGAUCGAGUUCCUUAUGUCAUACCAGGAGAGCUGGGAAAUAAAAAGAAGAUCCGUUUGUACCAGUUCCUGCUGGAUCUUUUAAGGAAUGGCGAUAUGAAGGACAGUAUCUGGUGGGUGGACAGAGACAAAGGGACAUUCCAGUUUUCCUCCAAACACAAAGAGGCUCUGGCUCACCGCUGGGGAAUCCAGAAGGGCAACCGGAAGAAAAUGACCUACCAGAAGAUGGCUCGAGCUCUGCGCAACUACGGCAAAACUGGAGAGGUGAAAAAGAUCAAGAAGAAGCUCACGUACCAGUUCAGCGAUGAGGUCCUGGGGAGGGGUCACCAGGAGAGAAAAACGUACAUAUAGGAAGGAGGGAAACGUCCGGGUGGGGUCAUUAAAAGUAGUUUCUGGUCUUAGAUGCUUAAUCAGCCUUGCUCUUCUGGUAAAAACUGUAGGUUUGUGUGAAUAGCACCAAUACUGCUGUACAGAGGAAUCAAUCCCUUGAAAAUACUGGGUUAUGCAGCAUGAAAGUGUGGAAUAGAAAGACAUAACAGAGACAACUUACCUUAAGUAUCCCAUGUUCUGAGUCCCUCAGAUUCAUCCUGAAAUAUUCAAAGCCUGAACUCUGACCCCUGCCCACUACUUCCAGGUGGUGGCAGCAGGCUGCUUCGUAGAGCAGCAGUCUCCAUGUGGUGGCCAAAGUUGUAACUGCAAGUCAUGUGACGCAAGGGUUCAGAGGGAAGGUCUUCUAUAGAGUCUUGUAAAGAAAUAUACAAUGAACAGCAUUAAAAGUAUGAAAAAACAUUUUCUGAAUAUCACAAUUUAAAUCAUUAGCUCAGAUACAGUCAGUGAGUCUGUAAUAAUGAUAAUAAUAAACUUUAUGCACCUUUAAAAACAAAGUUUACAAAGUGCUUUGUAAGCAAAUCAAAGAAGCAAAAAACAAGACAAUUAACAAUCAGCAGGAUAUGUGACAUGAAAGCCAGACAACAACGUCGAGGUAGUCGAAAACAAAGUACUGUGUGUGUAAGACGAUGUCACAUAAUACUGUGAUCACAUAAAGAAUGAAUAGAUAAACACAUGGUGAUAAAACAAUUGUGAAAAGAUGAUAAAAAGAUGACAUCAUAUUAAAGUAAGUCUACAAAAACUUGAUUGUCACUGACUCUGUGAGCUUAAUAUAUUUAAUCAAAAUGUUAUCAGUGACAUAUUGUAAAACUCUCCAUAAUGCAAUAAAAUUCAGAAACAACACAAACAUCCACCAAACUGACCAACACCUCUUUAAGUUUUUUAAAUGAAGGCAGGAUUCAUUUCAGAACUGUUUAUCAUUGCAUUAGAAUGUAUUUGCAACUGGCAACUGAGUUUACAUUUCAAAUGCCACCGACUGCAGCUGUGAGAGUAAAGGCACAAACACAUGAGCGUCAUAGUUUUGCCCACAGGAAGCAUACAAAACUUUUUUUAGCAGACAGUACGUGCAGCAUGUGCUGGGUGAGCAAGUUUCAUUGAAAUGAAAAGGCCGCACUUUAAAACACCAUUGUUUAAUAUAUCCAAGGUGCCAAAACCACUGCUGUUCAACGUGAUCAUCUACAGUGACAGGUUCCAAACUCUGAUAAAUAAUCCAUCUUCUUUUUAUGGUUUAAUUUGAUUUUUUGAUGUAAAAAUAAAAGUUAGUUGAGAGUUUGGGACGUAGCUUUAUUGGCUUUACCAAGACUGAGAAAGUGUCACGGUUAAUAUGAAGCUUUGUCCAGCAGGGGGUUAUCUUAGCUUUCGAUUGAGAAACAGGAAGUAGUGGGAACCUGCUUCCAGGCAGGUAAUAACAUUUUUCUUUCUAUCUUGUCUUACACGUCUGAACCUCAGUGAUAAACUCAUAUUAUCUAAUCUGGACAGAAACCUAAACACAACAGUUUGUGGAGUUAGGUGAUGGCCUGUUUGUUGUCCAGUGACUUCCUGUAGUCUGAUGUGAGGGUUUAAUAGACUAAGUUCAUAUUAAAUGUCUAUACAAUAAAUGAUAUGAUACAUUUAUAAACCUGUGGUAUCAAUCUUCUUAACCAACUCUUUACAUUCAGGUGGAUAACCUUUUAUAACCUACUACUCUUUAAUAACUAUAAUUAAUAGUGUACAGUCGGGGAAGAGAGAAACAGGGGUGUUGCAUUUUAACUGCAAGUCACUGUUAUGUCCUGUAUGCAUUUUUAAAUGUGUAUAUAGACAUUUAUUGGUGCAUAAUAUAUCUGGGAAAUGUUUCUUUACACAUUUUCAACAUUAAAUCCAAUGCUUUAAUGAUGAGUAAGGUCCAGGAGGGGCGGGCCUUCUGUCUACGAUGUUUGUAUCACCUCAUGUCACCUCAAGUCUUAAGUUCUCUUUUAAUCAUCAGUAAAAACCACUGUUUGUACAUAUUUCAAUUUCCAUUUCAUAUUUAAAACAGGAGGGAGACACCAAUAAGUCAUUAAUGAGAUGGAAUGCUCACUGUAAUCAUAUUAUCGUAAUGCUUUGUGUUUUGCUUGUAGAAAAAAUAAACGGUUCAUCUGUGUAUUUUAA